AUGAACAAUCCAUCUAUAAUGUAAUUUACUUAGAAGGAAUCUGAAUUUUGUUGGUUAGUUGGUUUAAAAGCAAUAAGUACCAAAUAACCUAUGAUUAAUAUGUGGAUGAAAAGUGAUUAAAGAAAGAUAGAUCCAUCUCUAUUAAAAAAUGAAUUCAUGAAAUAAUUCUAAUCAGGUUUCCUUCAUCUUAAUAGUAUAAUAACUGGAGAUAGGAAUAAGAACUCUUAAAUUAUCAAAGGGAUUUCUGAUGCUACAGUGAUUGCUAUAGUAAGAGUAAUUAGAGAAGAGGGAGUUAAAGAAUUUGAACAAAUUAGAAAUGACUUUUAAAAAUUGAUAACUAUAAUAACUUAUUUAAGUUUAACAAGAUCAGUGAUGAGUGAUGCAGUUAUGAAGUUUUUAAGUACUCAAUCAAAUGAGAGUCAUUAAUACCUUGACAAUUUAUUAUCUACAUUAGCCAAAAUAGAAUUUAUGAAAAAUAUCAUGAAUUCUAAUAAACACGAUCCUAUCAAAGAUUCAUAGUUAUAUAAAAUGUUAUUUGGAAAAGGUAACUAUUAUGAUCCAUUUACAUCUAAUUCAAGUUUAAAUUAAUAGAUUUAAUAAUAGGUUUAAUAAUAGGUGUAAUAAUCUGUGUAAUAAGUUCACUAAGAAAAAUAGGCAGCACCAUUAUCUCCUAAGAAAUAAGCAUUAACACCAUUAUCUGAAUAAAAAUAACAUUAAUAGUAAAUGAAUCAAUAAACUAUACUCCAACAAUAACAAAUUCUUAAAUAAACUAAACCUUUAGUAUAAGUCGAGGAUUUUAGUGAAGAUUCCGGAGAUUCUUCAGUUGAUUUGGGAAACAAAUAUAUAGUAAAUGCUAAAGCACAGAAAUAAAUAAAUGGAACUGACAGUGAUUCUGAAAUCUAGGAGAUUCCUAAUUUUAAGAUUUGA